AAAGACAGCGGCUGGAACCAAUCAGCGAAUCAGCUCCGACCAAGGUUGGCGCGCUCGCGCCACUGUGUCGUGGCCGUUACUGGUAGCGCGCGCAGAGGCUCAAAAUCAUGGAGGAUACUCAGGCUAUUAACUGGGAGGUUGAAGAAGAGGAGGAGACAGAGAGACCCAGUGACUCAUUGGGGAGUAGCUUGGAGCCCUUAGGGCGACUGCGUAUCUUCAGUAGUGUCCACGGACCAGAAAAAGAUUUCCCACUGUACCUCGGGAAGAAUGUGGUAGGCCGAAUGCCUGACUGCGCUGUAGCCCUGCCCUUUCCAACCAUCUCCAAACAACAUGCAGUGAUUGAAAUCUUGGCCUGGAACAAGGCCGCUGUUCUCCAGGAUUGUGGGAGCCUCAAUGGUACGCAAAUCCUGAGGCCUCCUAAGUUCCUGAACCCUGGGGUGAGUCAUCAUCUGAGAGACAAGGAGUUGGUUGUCUUUGCCGACUUGCCUUGCCAGUACCAUCGCCUGGAUGUCUCCCUGCCCUUUGUCUCCUGGGGCCCCCUAACUGUACAGGAGACACCCAGGGUACAGGGAGGAGCUCAACCUUGGGGGAAUCUGUUGGCUGAGGACUCAGAAGAGGAAGUAGAUCCUUUUUCUGAAAGGUGUAUGGUGGAAGAACCAAGGACCAUGUUCCCCCUUUUGGCAACAGUUGUUCCAGAGAGUGAUGAAGAGGGGCCUUCUGCCCCAGAUGGUCCUGGGCCACCUUGUGCCUUCAACUUUGACAGUGACACAGAUGAGGAAGAAAGUCCACAACCAGCAGUAGGGGAGGCCUGCUCAGCUGCCACAAGAGAUGCCACUGCAGAGACAGAGCAGCCUAAAGCUGUCACAACUGAAAUCCACUGUGAAAUGAAUCAACAUUCAGGGAAGGAAAGGAACAACGACGCAAGAGCUGAGAGGGAUACAAGCAAUGGGGUGGUUCCAGUUGGGAUGAUUCUUGAGAGAAGCCAACCUGCUAAAGAGGACAGUGAAACAGGUGUGGAUGAUGAGAGCAGGCCUCCAGGAAGGUCAGCUGAGGUUCAUCUGGAAAGGGCCCAGCUUUCUGACUUCAUAGACAGUGACACUGACAUGGAAGAAGAAGAGAUUCCUGCAACCCCAGCUGUAGUUCCUGUGAAGAAGAGGCAAAUCUUCCAUGGUGUUAGUACAGAGAGUCCUGGGGGACCUGACCUGGCACAUCUUGAAGAGAGCUUGGCUGGUAGUGACACAGAUGUGGAGACUGAGUCCCCAUUCGCAGUCCCUCUGGGACGCAGCCAAGCCUCUAUGGUGAUUAACAGCAAUACAGAUGACGAGGAAGAAGUGUCAGCAGCACUCACUUUAGCACGUCUGAAAGAAAGCCAUGCUGCUGUGUGUAACAAAGAUAUAGAUAUGGAAGAGGAUCAAGCCCAACCUUUGGAUUUGUUUGAGCAAAGCCAAACCUCUUCUGGGAGAGACAGUGACACAGAAGUAGAGAAGGAGAAGUUCCCAGUAGAAAAGAGAGAAUAUGUUCACAAGGGUCACACAGGCAAAGUGUAUUCAGAAAAUAGCCAACCUCCUUUCAGGGCCAGUGUUAGAGAAGUGAAAGAAGAUAAGAGCUCAUCUGGAGUCUCCCUGGAAAGAAGCCAAGCCUCUACCAAAGUGGGCAUCAGCACACAAGUAGAAGAGGAAAUGCCCCCAGGACCAGCUGUUAUACUUCCAGAGAAGCAUCAGGUGCCUGUGUCGUGGACAAGUCAAACAAAUGUGAAAGCAGAAGGGGGUCCAGCAAAGCUACCUGUGAUGCAUCUAGAGGAAGCCCAGCCUCCUCCAGGUGGGGACAGUGAAGCAGAGGCUGAUGUAAGAAAGAGUCAGUUUCUAACAGAAGGGGUUGUUGGGACAGAGUGGGUUGUAUCUGUUCUUCAGCAGGAGGGAGUUCUUGAGGCAGGGGCCCAGGGUGAGCCACCUGUAGCACAGGUGGAGCAGGACCAUCUUGUCUCAAGGGAGAAUGUAACAGCUCUCUUGGUAGACACAGGUACUCCAGGAGAACCCAACCAGCCACAGAGAAAGGGAUUUGCCCAGCCCCCCAGAGAAAGAGGGAGAGAACCAUGUGUGGACACGACCAAGGACUCUGGAGACAACCAUGAUGAUUCUGAAAAUCUGGACCUACAAGCUACCCAGUGCUUUGUGGAGAGAGAGAAUCAGAGCAUGGAAGGUGCCCUGGAUGAACCAUGGGAGGUCUUGGCUACACAGCCAUUCUGUCUAAGAGAGUUUGAGGCCUCAGAUACCCAGCCUGUUUCUGCCCACCUUGAGGCCUACGGCUCUUGCCCCUUUUCACCUAAGGCAACACCUCAAGACCAACAUCCAGAAAGCCCACUUCAUGCAGAGCCACUGGGUAUUCAAGACAGAGGGAUGCAGACUGCAGAGAAAGGCAUGAGUAUACCAAGAGAAUCAGCAGAGAGGUUGACCCUGGAGGGAGGGCCAUUAGGAAGGGAAAUCAAAACACUGCCACAGGAAGGACUGAGAGAAAAUGUGAUGAGAGAGGAAGAAUUAACCAGGGUGAUGAAGGACAGAGAACAAAAACAGGUGUUAACUAGAGACACUCAGAGACAAGAGUCCAAUAAAAUGGUGAAAAGUAGAUUUAUGGAAAGGGAUAUGGAGAGUUUGAAGGUAGAAAUUGAGACACCCAAGGAAUUACAAGAGAUAGUAAAGCAGGCUCUUGCAAAAGAAGUAUUUGAGAGAGAAGCAGAAAAACCAGCACCAGAGAGAAAGUGUGAUCCAGGUGGAUUAGAAGUCAGCAUACCUAAGGUCAUACUGGAGGGAAGUGCAGAUAAACUGGAGACAAAAAGAGGGAGCAUGGAACAGAAAGGGAAGGCCUCCAGCCCAACACUGGAACCUGAAGGAGGGGCAGGAGACCUUAUGGGACUCUCUUCAGCCCUAAUAGCUUCUGGGAGCCAGUCAGGUGGAAGAAGGGGAGCCCCAUUAAGCCACGGGAGGUGGCAGAGAGGCCACUUGAGUUGCAAGAUGCCACCUGCAGAGAGAGUCUCUAGGGGUGAUCCAGAAUCCCUAGAUGCUUGUGUGCCUCCGAUGGUACCUGAAGCCUCAGUCCCAGGCCAAAACCCCCUCAUCUGUCAGAACCAGAAACAUCCUGCUCCUCAGCCCCUCUUUGCUCCCUCUCCACCUUUUUUAGAACCACUCAUUCCCAGAACCAGGCAAAAUGGGAGCCAAGAAGUUUUAGAGAAUCCGUUGUCUUCAGAGUUGGACCUUCUUCAUGCAAAACCCAAAGUCCGGCCCCGGAGGUGCUCCAAAAUGACGUCCUCUCCAGUUUCUUCUGUAGCCUCAGAAUCCCACCCUUCCGCCUCCAAAGACAAGCCUAUCACCCCUGAGCCCACAUCUCGGGCCACUCGGGGCAGGAAACAGAGGUCCUCUGUCAAGACCCCUAAACCAGUUGUCCCUGCAGCCACUGAGUGCCAGCCUUCCACUUCCAAAGACCAGCCUGUCACCCCUGAGCCCACAUCUCGGGCCACUCGGGGCAGGACACAGAGGUCCUCUGUCAAGACCCCUAAACCAGUUGUCCCCGCAGUCACUGAGUGCCAGCCUUCCACCUCCAAAGACCAGCCUGUCACCCCUGAGCCCACAUCUCGGGCCACUCGGGGCAGGACACAGAGGUCCUCUGUCAAGACCCCUAAACCAGUUGUCCCCACAGUCCCUGAGUGCCAGCCUUCCACCUCCAAAGACCAGCCUGUCACCCCUGAGCCCACAUCUCGGGCCACUCGGGGCAGGACACAGAGGUCCUCUGUCAAGACCCCUAAACCAGUUGUCCCCACAGUCCCUGAGUGCCAGCCUUCCACCUCCAAAGACCAGCCUGUCACCCCUGAGCCCACAUCUCGGGCCACUCGGGGCAGGACACAGAGGUCCUCUGUCAAGACCCCUAACCCAGUUGUCCCCACAAUCCCUGAGUGCCAGCCUUCCACCUCCAAAGACCAGCCUGUCAUCCCUGAGCCCACAUCUCGGGCCACUCAGGGCAGGACACAGAGGUCCUCUGUCAAGACCCCUAAACCAGUUGUCCCCGCAGUUCCUGAGUGCCAGCCUUCCACCUCCAAAGACCAGCCUGUCACCCCUGAGCCCACAUCUCGGGCCACUCGGGGCAGGACACAGAGGUCCUCUGUCAAGACCCCUAACCCAGUUGUCCCCACAAUCCCUGAGUGCCAGCCUUCCACCUCCAAAGACCAGCCUGUCAACCCCAAGGCCAUAGCUCAGAGUGGUUGGAGCAGGACACUGAGGAGAGGAAGUGCUGUGCCAGUUCCUGCCACCCCUGAAUUCCAGUCUCCUGGCUCCACAGACCAGCCUAUUUCCCCUGAGCCCAUCCCUCAAACCAAUUGCAGCAGGAGGCCAAGGGCCACUAGGAAGAAUGGGUCCCUCACAACUCCCAUUGUCUAUGAACCCUGUUCUGCACCCCUUGAACCUAACUUCCAAUCCUCAAGGAACCAAAGUCGAGCACUGAGAGUAUCCAAGUCCCUCAGAGCCAUCCCUAAGCCUGCCUUUGCCCAGCUUCCUGAGGCAUCCACUCAUGUUUCCCAAAUCCAAAAGGUAGAGGCAGGAGGUAGAUAUGAGUUCACUCCAAAGACCCAGCCUAAGGCCUUUCGAAACCGCAAGAGGCCUUUCAGUGCUGUGGAUUCAUCCCCACUUCAAAAACAGCUCCAAAGAGAGGAAGUCCAUCAGAAGACAGUGUUCCUCAAGAAAGGGGAAGACCCCACAGAGAAGGAAGAGGAUAUAGUCACUCCAGGGCCAGGCAAGAGAAAGAAAGGCCAAGCUGAGGAGCCAAAGGCAGUGCCAGGCCGUAGCCUCCGUCGGACCAAACCUAAACAGGAGUCUGCAGCCCCCAAAGUGCUCUUCACAGGAGUGGUAGAUGCCCGAGGAGAACAGGCAGUGUUGGCCCUGGGGGGAAGUCUGGCCAGCUCAGUAACAGAAGCUUCCCACCUGGUAACUGAUCGAAUCUGCCGGACAGUCAAGUUCCUGUGUGCCCUGGGGCGGGGGAUCCCUAUCCUCUCCCUGGAUUGGCUGCACCAGUCCCACAAGGCUGGUUGUUUCUUGCCCCCGGAUGAAUAUGUGGUGACUGAUUCUGAGCAGGAAAAGAACUUUGGCUUCAGCCUCCGUGACUCUCUGAGCCGGGCUCGUGAGCGAAAGCUGCUAGAGGGCUAUGAGAUUCAUGUGACCCCUGGAGUCCAGCCACCUCCACCUCAGAUGGCAGAGAUCAUCAGUUGCUGUGGAGGCACUGUCCUACCCAGCAUGCCCCGGUCCUACAAGCCUCAGAGAGUUGUGAUCACAUGCUCCCAGGAUGUUCCUCGAUGCAACACACCAAUUCGAGCUGGGCUGCCCAUCCUCUCACCUGAGUUCCUGCUGACAGGAGUGCUGAAGCAGGAAGCCACGCCAGAGGCUUUUGUUUUCUCCACUCUGGAAGUGUCAUGCACCUGAAAAUCCACCCCAGUACCCUUUUCCCUCCCAGACCAAUAAAUACUUGGAAAAUAUUUGGAGAAAGAAUGUGGGGCAUUAAAAGGAUUGGGGUAUACCAA